AUGGGUUCCGCGGGGGUCCUCGCCGAUGAUGCACUCCUGACUCACUACCCCAUGGAUAAUAUCAAAGAGAGGACAAGUUAUGAGCUACACCAGAAAAUGAAGAACAUAUCCAUGCAGGCCGCGGACAGCUUUGCUUUACCAAGUGGACCUGGAGCAACCAUCCAUGGCAAUCCGAUUCCAGCUGGUUAUGCUAAAGUCGGGGUGGAUGACAUUCUUCCUGGAUAUGAGUCACUAGAGCUUGACAUUCCUGGAGACCCUAUAUGUUUUCUUUGGCUGGUGUCGCCGCUGCUGCAGUUCCUGGGCGACCGGGCCAGGUCCUUCGCCGACGACCUCGCGCGCUACCUCCCGGGAGGAGCGGGGGACGCGCGCGCCGACCUUGCCACGCCCGGCGCCGCCCCUCCGACCCCACCCUCGCCGCCUGGAUCCACCGCCUCAGGGACGCGGCCCACGACGCCGACGACCUCCUCGACGACAGCUAGGCGGGAGGCGGGAGGCGCACGCGGAGGCGGCAGGCUGGGUCAAGCAUCGGGGUCUUCUCCCGAUCUAUCUGCGCGCUUCUGCGCGGGGGACGAGGCGGCGCUGGCGGUGGCCAAGACGCUCAGCAUGUCCGGCAACGACUUCACCGUCACGGACGCCGCCACGGGCGCCCUGCUGCUGCGCGUCGACGACGUCCUCUUCAGCCUCCGCCGCCGUUGCCUCCUCGCCGACGCCCACCGUCGCCCCGUCCUCACCGUCCAAGAAUCGGCGCUGGUGAUGAACACGCGGUGGAAGGUGUACCGCGGGGACAGCACGAGCCGGCGGGACCUGCUCUUCACGGUGGUGAAGCCGUCGGUGAUCCAGCUGCGGUGGUCCACCAAGGUCAGCGUCUUCCUCGCCAGCAACGACGCCGAGCAGGCCCCGGACUUCUGGAUCACCGACAGCUACCACGAGGGCGCCUGCUCCGUCUCCCUCGGCGAAUCCGACACCCUCAUCGCCAGGAUCGACCGCCGCUCCAUCGUGGUCAGCGCGCUGCUGGGCAAGAACGCCUACAGCGUCACCGUCAACGCCGGCAUCGACUACGCCUUCAUCGUCGCGCUCGCCGUCGUCCUCGACGAGAUGCACUACCAAUGACACACAGCUCAAGUCUCCUCCUAUUGCCGCGGGUGAUUCCUACGAAUUGUCGUGUGUGUCAAUGCUUUGUGCAGGGAAAUCACCAAUGCUCUGCUUUUGAGUUGAUACAUGUGUCAGUGUGACGAUGUGAAACAGAGAUUUUGAUCCGAUUCAGGAAUGUUCAGAG